UUUGUUGUUGUGUUUUUUUUUUUUUUUUUUUUUUGAGAAAGGGCUAUUUUUUUGUUGUUGUGGUGUUGAUAUAGGAAUUAGAAGAAAAUGGCAUCAUACAACAAUAUGGCAUGAACACAAUAAUGGGAGAGAUCCAUGAAGCUCACCACACGCUUUCACACUCUUUUCCAACUCGUAUGCUAACCACAAAUGAUCCUUCUUAUGAUGAUUUGAUCGAUAUGAAACCAUCAAAGAUCCUCGAGACAACUUACAUAUCACCAAAAUUGCAACCACCACUCUCUUUUCCUAUUCCUCCUUAUUCAAAGCCUCAUUUUCAUCAUCAGCCUUCCUCUAAAAUUCUCUCUUUCGAGAAUGCUACUCAAAAUGUGAUGGAUUAUGAGCUUUCUCCCACCUAUCAAAACUCAAUCUUCAGCCCCGAAGUUGAGGCUGAAGUGCCGCCAAAUUGGAUGAAUGGGAAAGGGGCCAAGAGAGCUCAACCUUUGUAUAAAAGCCAAUCAAAUGCUCAAGAUCACAUAAUCGCCGAAAGAAAACGUAGAGAGAAACUUACUCAAAGAUUUGUAGCUCUUUCUGCUCUAGUUCCUGGUCUGAAAAAGAUGGACAAGGCUUCUGUGUUGGGAGAUGCACAAAAGCAUAUAAAGUAUCUCCAAGAAAAAGUGGGAGAGUUUGAAGAACAAAAGAGAGAAAGAAGAUUAGAAUCAAUGGUUCUUGUGAAGAAGUCUAAGUUGAUUUUGGACGAUAAUAAUCAGUCAUCUUCUUCUUCAUGUUGUGAAGAUGACUCCUCGACCUUAGAUCUUCCCGAGAUAGAAGUAAAAUUCUCAGAUAAAGAUGUUCUUAUCAAAAUCCUUUGCGAGAAGCAAAAGGGUCAUGUUGCCAAAAUAAUGGCCGAGGUUGAGAAAUUCCAUUUCUCAAUAACUAACUCAAGUGUUUUACCCUUUGGACCAACACUUGAUAUCACUAUUAUAGCUAAGGUAUCCAUAUUUAUAUAUAUGAAGAAUUUGUUGUUAAUUUUAGAGUAAAACAGCCUAAUUAAUGUUUAAGUCUCUUUACAGAAGGAGAGUGAUUUCGACAUGACACUCAUGGAUGUUGUAAAGAGCUUGAGGUCUGCUUUAUCGAAGUUCAUGUGAUUGUUUCAAAUUUUAUGCUAACGUCGAUUUCUUUGGGAGAUUUACUUGUAUAAAUUGAUGAAUCACAUAAUUGGUUUUUGCCAUGAAAAUGUUUUUUUUUUAUUGACAAGUUUUUUAGAAUAGUUGAAGAAUCACACCUCUCACACACAUCUAUAUAAAAUAGGAUCCUUUCCAAUAUUGAGGUUGAGUUAAUUUUACUUGUAUCUUUCAUAUUAUAUCAUUUUUAUUUUUUCGACAUCUAUAUUUCAUGGUGUAUAUGUUUCCUCUUUUGUAUCAUUGGUUUUUAAGGGUAUAACAAAUUGCUCAACUAAUUAGAUAUGUUUGUUCAUCUUUUAUUCAAGUGUCGAAUUUGGAAAUAUUCUUUAUCCGCUUUCCUUUUAUUGAAAUAGAUAAAAUACAAAAGUUAAAUUAAAAAAAGAUAAGAUGCAUUAGUCAGUUAUUGAAAAUAAUGCUGGAAUCCAGAACCCACCCCCCAGAAAAAAAAAGAAAUCAGACACAAAAGGAAGUGAUUCACACAACACAAACGAAAACCUUGCACAAAUCUUGGAACAAACACAACGUCGAAAUCACUAGACAUACCAAAGAGCAAACUAUGUUUGUAAUAUUGUAAUAUUAUUUAUAAUAUUUCAGAAAAUCUUAAAAAUUCUUCCUGCAAAUAAAAUCUGGUGAGCUGACAAAAAUUAACAGGUGAUCAGGUGAUCAGAUUGCCAGUAAAUUAUUGAUACUAUGU